AUGGAGACAAAAUUGGGAGGUGAUAGAGCUAAGGCAAUUACUGAUAGGUUGCCUUUUGAUGGUGCCAUUCACACAAACACCAUCGGGUACUCUGGAGGGCUGUGGCUUCUGUGGAAUUCUGAUUUUGUGGAGGUGGAGUUACUUGCGAAGACAGAGCAGGAAAUUCACAUUGAAGUUCAGGUACGAAACACUAGACUCACUUGGUUAUUUUCUGCUAUCUAUACUAGUCCUAGGAGUGAGGAAAGAAAUAUUUUGUGGGAAAAUUUAGCUAAAGUUGCAGAAAUACAUAAGUUGCCGUGGGUUAUGGCUGGAGAUUUUAAUGAGCCGCUAGUUGAUGAGGACAAAUAUGGGGGUAGAGGUGUUAGCAUCAAUCGUUCUCUGGCUUUUAAAGAUUGUAUUGAUAGAUGUAGUAUGGUGGAUAUGGGUUUUUCGGGUCCUAGAUAUACUUGGACCAACAAGAGAGACUGUAGUAACUUGAUUCUUGAAAGGAUUGACAAAUUUUUCAUGAACCCAGAGUGGUGCGUCAUGUAUCCUAAUGCCAGAGUAACUCAUCUCCCUAGGUGUCACUCUGACCACUGCCCUGUUCUCAUGGAAGCUCUUCUAGCCAGUAUAGUCAAGCUCAAUAGGUCGUUUAGAUUUCAAGAAUUUUGGCUCUCCGACAUAUCCUUUCCCACUAUUGUGUCCAAUGCUUGGAAUGGUAAUAGGGAGUUAGAGGAGUCCAUUGAUCACUUCUCUAAGGAUGUAGCAGCGUGGAAUAGAAACCACUUUGGGAACAUUCAUCAGAAAAAGAUAAGGAUUUUGGCUAGAAUUCAUGGGACCCAGAAGGCUUUAUCCAUCAAUCCUAGCCCUUCUCUUGUUUGUCUUGAGAACCAGCUUCUUGGUGAGUUGGAAAAUAUUCUGGAUCAAGAGCGUGACCUCUGGUUAUUGAAGUCUAGGCUGAAUUGGAUGAUCCAUGGGGACAGAAACACCUCUUUCUAUCAUGUUUCUACCCUUGCUCGGAGAAAAAGAAAUCACAUUGCGGCAGUCAAAGAUGAGAGGGAGUUGUGGAUUACUGAGGAAAGGGAGGUUAUGGAGUAUUUUAGGGCUGGUUUCCGGAAUUUAUACACUACUUCCCAAGAGUCCGUCUCUUGGAACCCCCCUGGUUUGAGUCAUUGGCAUGUUCAGCUGUCAGAGGAGGAAAAACAGCUAAUUGAUACCAUGGUUUCUACUGAAGAAAUCAAGGAGGCUCUCUAG